GUCAACUAUGCGCCACGAAUUGACAACACAGCACGAGUUUCACCUUGUUGUGAACCUGGUUGGUCCGCAGACAUCCUCAGCUACAACGACGACAACAAACAGAGAUGCCAAAGUACUGUUCAGUCCUCAACUGCAAGAAUGACUCCGGUAACGGACACGACAGGAAGAGCUUCUACAAGUUCCCCCUGCAGGAUCCGAUCCGUCUGCAGCAGUGGCUGAAGAACAUGGGCCGUGAAAACUGGACUCCCUCUCGACACCAGUAUAUUUGCCAUGAACAUUUUGCACCUUCCUGCUUUAAGGUGCGAUGGGGAAUACGUUACCUUGAGAGUGACGCUGUGCCAACAGUCUUCCCAGAAGCAGAGAAACGGAAAGCUACAGACACUUGUGAGAAGAUACCAAAACGCCUCAGAGCUGACGAUAAUCAAAGCGUAACAGCAUCAGAUGACAGGACAGUGGCUUUGAACGCUGCAGAGAUGGGGAAUACUUUGCAGACCCUGCACUUGUAUGAGAUCACUGUGGACCCACUCCAGCAGAGAGAGAGCAGCCUGGUGGAGACGGGUGAUCUUGGAGAACUUCACUGUUCUCUCCAGACAGAACCAGCGAACAGAUUUCAAAUGGAGGCCAGUUUCCCGUUAACUUUACUCCAGACAGUAGAUGAUCUGAGUAACAGUGGAGAGAGCACAGAGGUGGUGGUGAUGUCUGAAUGUCCUGCUGGUGAAGGUCAAGAUGAGCUCAUGAAUGAAAUCACUGCUGCCAUUUUAACGCAGGGCCAUGGGCUGGUCAUGAACAACUCACCGCUCUGCCAUGCAGACGAGACCGUGGCCUCUCUGGGGGUUCGAGAUGUGACGUGUUCCACAGACGAGUUCUCAGGCAUACGUGGAGGCAGCGAAACUCAAGUCAUCGCCUACUUUGAGACGAUACCCAACGUUUUCCCCAGCGAAACUUCCCGAUUCGGCCUCUCCCCGGAUACAGUUCUGUCAUCAGCUCUGAGCCCCAAACCCAUCACAUCUACUCUGCCAAUAGUGUCCAAACACACGCCACCCUCCCCAACAUCCCUGGUCCUCACUGUGCAGAGAGUGGACACAGAGGAGGGGGACGACGGCCAAUCAGAGGAGGAGAGCGGAGAACUGCAUGAUCAUCAGCUGGAGGAGCACUGCUAUCAUAAGAACAGUCUGAGUAAGGAGCAGCUGGAGGCGAUCGUGGUCGAGCUGCAGAAGAAAGUGAAAGUGCUGCAGCAGCGACACCGCCGACACCUGGAGAAACUGAUGGGACUGGAGAACACGGUGAGCCAGCUGAGACAAAACAACCUGCUGAAUGAAGAGCGGCUACAGCUGCUGGAGAGGGCCUACAUCCAGACCAGUGCAGCAGUGUCAGAUACAGGUGAGACUGUGGCCAUCAUCUAUGAAGAAGACGAUGGUGCCUUCUUGUACACGCCACUGAACAACAUCACUGAAAAGCUGUGAGGCCCAACAGAUGCAGGGUAACAUCUGCACACUGUGCCAAAAACAACACGACUCAUGCUGCUGAAAAACAAAAACCUUAUCUUACUUCUGUUUUUUUUUUCUCCUUACAUUUUGUGUUGUUGGAUCUGCUGUGGUGUUUGCACAAACAUGGAUGAGUAACAUGGGACAAUGUUGAAUGUGUUUUUUAUGAACUGCUCUUUAACCAUUCUUUCCUUCUCCAACCACUCUUUGUUUGAAUUUAGUUUGUUUGGGAUUAUGUACAUAUCAAAUUAAAAAGAUGCUUCCACUUUGA